GAAGAGAAGAACUCCUAACAAGAAGCUUCUUCGAUUCUCAGAACGAGAAUAUAAAAAUACCAAAAAUAACUGAGUCAACGGAGAAAAGAGGGAAGUGGUGAACAGUCGUCUUUCCGACACUCAGUGAAGCUCACAGCAGAUGUGUGCUUGUGUGUGUGAGGAGUGUGAUAUUUUUCUUUUCUCUUCAAUCCUCGAGAAACAGCGUCCAUGGGUCUGUUACGUCGGUACAUGUGGCUGUGGGUGAUGAUUGUGGUGCUUUUUGGGAGCUUCAUCAUCAUCAUCUUCUUCCUCCUCAUCAACAGGUGCAUCUCCAGAUCAGGAAAACACAGAAUCUCACAUCUUCAGAGACGAACGGUCGUCAACAAACAUAGCAACGCGUACCAGGAGACAAACCAGCAAAGCGUCACUCCUCCUCUGCCUCCUCGGACACAGUUUCUCAUGGCUGAGGCACAAAGCUAUGAGAACCUGGCUGACACACCUGUAGACGGAAAUAAUAAGAAGAUUAACAACAAUAAACAGCUUGUUGAUGACUACGAGCAGGCUCUGAAUGACUACGAGCAGCCGCAGGAGGAAUAUGUGCAGCCUAAGGAUGACUACGAGCAGCCGCAGGAGGAAUAUGUGCAGCCUAAGGAUGACUACGAGCAGCCUGAGGAGGAAUAUGUGCAGCCUAAGGAUGACUACGAGCAGCCUGAGGAGGAAUAUGUGCAGCCUAAGGAUGACUACGAGCAGCCUGAGGAGGAAUAUGUGCAGCCUAAGGAUGACUACGAGCAGCCUGAGGAGGAAUAUGUGCAGCCUCAGGAUGACUACGAGCAGCCUGAGGAGGAAUAUGUGCAGCCUCAGGAUGACUACGAGCAACCACAGGAGGAAUACCUUCAGCCUCUGGACGUAGACUUGCAGUCUCAGGAGAUCCUCUCUCCUCCGUUCAAUAACCCAGAUCCAUCAAUGGACAACGUUUCCAUGGAGGAUUACGACGACAUCGGAGGUGAAGACGAAAACCAGGGUGAAGAGGACUACGACGAUGUGGGUUAAACAACCCACGAGAGACUGAGAGUUUGACCCGAGUGACCCUUUCUCAUCCAGAUCCUACAAGAGCAGAGAGACGAAGACAACUUCACCUUUGUUUUCAUGAACAAGGUGAAAUGAAUGGGGAGAAAAGUAUAAAGAGCUGCUCUGAAAUCUGCUGAAUAGAAAGCACUAAAAUCACAUGAAAUCACGUGAAAUGCCAGCUAUUGAAUAUAAGCAUACAUUUGUUUUUAUAAAGGUGGCUAUUGAGUGAGCAUUCAGGUUGUUCUUGAGUAAAAUAAACCUUAUUUUUGCAUGAUGAAUGCCCACUGACAGUUGUAGAAUUCAAUGGACUCUGAUGGACACCUUUUCUACUGGAGAAAUUGCCUCUAAAUGAGCAAAGACUGCUGAGAGAAGCUCCUGUGGCUCCAGGGUCAAGAAAUGUUUGAAAGUUGCAAAGUCUUAUCAAACUUCAUUCCCGGGUUUUAGUGGAUUUUUGUUGGCUAUGACUUGCAUAAAAAUAUUAAUUGGCAUUAUUAUUAUCAUCACAUCAUGCCAUGCAAAUUCCAGUGUGAUUUCAGGCACAGAAUCUUCCUGCCAGUAACAUAUCCAUUAGCCAUGACUAUUUUUGGCAAGCCUACAACUUGGAACAGUGCCAAAUCUUUUUGUCUUUUUUUUUUGCCUUACUUAAUUUUAUUACCACUUUAUUACCAGUUUGGGCAAACUGUACAGUUACAGAUUGCCUCCUUCCUAAAGUUAUCAAAACAAAGUGAAUCACAAAAACAACAAAAUUGAGAUCAAUAGUAAUGAUACAGUGGUUUUCUUAUUUUGUAUUUUUUAUAUAAAAUGGUAUAAAACAUAUUUAGUGCAGUCCCAAGUUGUAAAAGCUAAUAUUUGCUAUCAACACUGAUGGCUAAUGGCUAUGCUAACAGCGAGGAGAGUAAACAUACUGAAGCAAAAGUGAAGGUUGUUAGAAAUAUUACAGUUAAGUACAAAUGUUUCCCUAAAAUACAGUAAUAUUAAUACAAUAAAACAAUUAUAUAUGUAUAAUUAUUAUUAUUGUUAUUAUGUUACAUUACCUAACUGGGCGUAUGCAGCACUUUAGCCCAAGACGACAGUGUUGCUUGUUUUUACAGUGCAGACUUUCUUUGUACUUGUAUUACUUGCACCGUUCAUUAUUUUCAUCAGUAAAAUCUGAGUUAAUUAUUCUCUUCUUUCAUGUGAUUAAAAUAUUCCCCUGUU